GCUUCCACAUUCAACAUGCCUUUGGCGAAAGAUCUACUACAUCCCUCUCCCGAGGAGGAGAAGAGGAAACACAAGAAGAAAUGUUUGGUGCAAAGCCCCAACUCGUACUUCAUGGAUGUCAAAUAUCCUGGUUGCUAUAAAAUCACUACAGUGUUCAGCCACGCGCAGACUGUUGUGCUAUGUGUCGAAUGCUCCACUGUACCUUGCCAGCCCACUGGUGGAAAGGCCAGGCGAACAUAA